AUGCAGCCUAUUGUCGACAUCAAUCACCUCCUCAACGACGCUGAUUUUGAAAUUCAGGACGAAUACGAUUCGGUUUUAGAUGGUGCUUUCGACAUGAGGAGGAAGUUCUCCUCCCUGUUGAUGCAGGCGCGGCAAUUGAAGACGAUAUUGCUCGCUAAACAGGCUGAACUGGAUCGUUGUAUCGCUCAGCGUGGACGACAGCGACCAGGCGUUCCGAGUAUUGCCGAAAGUACUCGGAAAAAGCUUCGACAGCAAACUCGCAAGUUGCGGCAGUGUAUGAACGAGAACAGGCUGCUGCGCAUUCAGAAUCAAAAAAUGAGCAAUGAUUUGGAAGCUGCGCACAAGGAAUUGGAAAAGAUUGAUCACUUACGGUGCACUAUCUGUAUGGUGGCUUUUAAAAAUACCACGAUUCCAUGCGGUCACAGUGCCUGCAGGGAAUGUUUGGAAUUCUGGCUUGGACAAGGCAAAGGCUGUCCUUGGUGCAAACGAGGAUUCCAAGAAGGCGACAUUCGGGAUAUUUACCUUGGGUCCAGUAAUGAAACCGGGAACACCCGGGAGGAUGAUGACGACCAGACAGAUAUCAUCUCGCUGAGCAGCGACAGUGAGUAG